CGGAAAAGUGACUUUCGGUUUCGCUUUUCCAGCUUCUGCGCCACAGUCCGGGCUAGUGAAGAUCCCUGACCCCAGACCGAGAUGAGGAGCUGCGGCCUCCUGAACAGUUCCAACAAGCCGGUGCCCCUGCGCAGCGGCUCGGUGACGGUGCUGAUCCGAGGCUUCGUGGCGGACGUGGGCUGUGAGCUGCUCUACAGGAACGAUGAGCAGGGACCCGUGGAGGCUGUGUUCGUGUUCCCCAUGGACGCCGAGGCGGCCGUCUACGCCUUCCAGGCCCGCCUGGGGGGCACCUGCAUCCAGGCUCAGCUCCAAGAGAAGAAACAGGCGCAGGAGCUGUACGGGGAUGCGCUGGCUGGGGGGCAGAGCUCGUUCCUGCUGCAGCAGGAGGGGACCGGGGGCGACGUGUUCAGCUGCUCCCUAGGGAAUUUGCCCCCCGGGGAGGAGGCGGCGCUGACCCUGCGCUACGUCUGUGAGCUGCCGCUGGAGCCCGAUGGAGCCGCCCGCUACAUGCUGCCAGCCGUGCUGCGCCCCCGCUACACGCCCCAUGGGUGGGACGGGGAGGACGUCACCCAGGGGGUCCCGCGAGUCCCCCAGGGGGAGCUGCCCUACACCUUGAGCCUGAGCGCCACGCUGCAGUCACCCCACGGCAUCGACCGCGUGCUCUCCAACUGCUCCCUCACCCCCCUGAGCUACACGGCCGGGAACCGGACCAGCGCCCAGGUGUCUCUGGCCGAGGCCCCCCCGUGGGACCGGGACAUGGAGCUGCUGGUGUAUUACGCGGAGCCGCACAAACCCAGCGCGGUGCUGGAGGUUGGGUUGCCCGGAGCAGAGCCAGGCUCCCUGAUGGGCGACCCGGCCGUGAUGGUGACCCUGCUGCCCAGCCUGCCUGAGGCGGUGCCGGGCCAGAGCUCAGCCGGGGAGUUCAUCUUCCUGCUGGACCGCUCCGGCAGCAUGGAGUGCCCCAUGGACGGCCGAGACCGCUCACCCCAGCGCAUCGACAGCGCCAAGGAGACCCUGGUCCUGCUGUUGAAGAGUUUGCCCCUGGGCUGUUAUUUCAACAUCUACAGCUUUGGGUCUCGGUUCGAGUCCUUCUACCCGCAGAGCGUGGCAUACACCCAACAGACCAUGGCCGAGUCCCUGCAGCGCGUCCAGCAGCUCCAGGCUGACCUGGGGGGCACCGAGAUCUUGGCGCCACUACAAGCCAUUUACCGCAGCCCCUGCCAGGACGGGCACCCGCGCCAGCUGUUUGUGUUCACGGACGGGGAGGUGGGGAACACCCAGGACGUCAUCACUGAGGUGCAGCGUCACCGGGGGACCCACAGGUGCUUCUCCUUUGGCAUCGGGGAAGGGGCCUCCACGGCCCUGGUCAAAGGCAUCGCCCGGGUAGCAGGGGGCAGCGCCGAGUUCAUCACGGGCCAGGACCGCAUGCAGCCCAAGGCGCUGCAGUCUCUGAAGCGGGCCCUGCAGCCGGCCGUGACUGGGAUCUCGCUGAGCUGGGAUCUGCCCCCCGGGAUGGAGGCGGCGCUGCUGGGCCGGGGCCCUGAGGUGAUCUUCUUUGGGCAGCGGUGCCUCAUCUACGCCCAGCUCCGUGGGCAGCUCCAGCCCCCAGACACUGCCGUGGGGGGCGUCACCCUGCAGUACCGCAUCCAGGACCAGACCUACAAGGAGACGCUGCAGUUCCCCCUGCAGCCACAGGAUGGUGACAGGCUGCCUGUUCACCGGCUGGCAGCCAAGUCGCUGCUGCUGGAGCUGGAGGGGGCCGUGGACACCGGGUCGGAGGGGGACCGGCGCCGGGCGCUGGAGACCAGCCUGAGCUCGGGGGUCGUCUGCUCCCUCACGGCCUAUGUGGGGGUGGACACAGAGCGGGGGCAGCCGGUGCAGGGGCCGCUGGUGAGACGGGACAUCCCGCUGGCAGGCUUCGGGGCCGUACCCCACAUGUGGAAGAUGCAGGGUUUCAGCAACAUGAACUUGGCCUCCAGGGCCAUGUGCUGUUCCGCCCCUAUGCCCGAGGACUGGGACCAAGAUCUCUGCUAUCAGUCCGCGGACUGCGCCGUGGACUGCGACUUUGACGACAGCUUGGAUGUGCCAGAGCGGGCUCCGGAGGAAUCUCCCCUGCUGAGGCUGGUGUCUCUGCAGAAUGCCGACGGCUCGUGGGACCUGGACCCCCGUCUGGCUGCUGCGCUGGGGGUGAGCGAGACCGACGCCAGGGGGAGGAUGCCCAGUAAGGACGUGCCCCCCGGCGUCUGGGCCACGGUGCUGGCCGUGGUCUGGCUGCACGGCCGGGCCGCGGGGCAGCGCGACGAGUGGGAGCUGCUGGAGGCCAAGGCUGUGGGCUGGGUGCGGGGCCAAGCAGGGCCCCGGCUGAGCGAAUGUCUGGAAGCCGCCAACACCCUGCUGGGCUGCAGCAUUGGCCCUGCUGUCUUUGGGCUCUGAGCCCCCCCAGAUCCCUGUACCCCUCCCCCCAAGCUACCCAGGGCCUCCAAACCAGCUGAACCUCCCCAUCCCUAUACCCCACCCCCACCCCAGCUACGCUGGGCCUCCAGCCCCGCUAACCCCCCCACAGGGAUCCUAAAUUAAGAGCAGCCAGUUGGUUGCAUAAGUUUAAGGAAAACAGUUUAAACUGACCCAGUCACUUACAGCGGAGGAAGGUGGUUGUGCAGACAGGCCCUUGCUGCUGCGGGCGGAGACUGUCUCUGCCAGCCCCUCGCUGGAAUAAAGCAGUUCCCCCGG